CAGCGGAAUGUGUGGAAGUGUUUGCAGUUUGAUAACAAACUCUACAUGAACUUUUCUGAGGAUUUAUCUCCUAAAACAAACAAAAACUGCCCUUUUUUAUCUGUUUGUCUCUAAGCCGUUCUGCUUUAACGAAUCCUCUUCCUCCAUGAAUUCAGGGUUUAAUCCUGCGAACUGUUUGCCACCUCCAAUCUGGCUCUUUUCUCCGGUGGAUAUCCUAUUUUUCCAGCUGGAAAUGAGGCUUAAGUGACGAAGGAAAGGACGAGCGAGCCGAGUUUGACCCUUGUUAAUGUGAGCUGCGGUUUAAGAAGAUCCACGGAAGGAAAUAAUGAGAAUUUAAAAAAUGUUUCUGUGGAUUUUACUGCUUUUACUUUGGAGUCCUGAAGGCACCUGUGGAAAUGGUGUGAUCUUCACGAAGCACCCUGUGAACCAGACGGUCUCUCAGGGGAACGCGGCGCGGCUGGGCUGUGCCGUCCAGGGUCUGACGGAGCCCGACAUCGUGUGGAUGAAGGACGGAGAGAAGCUGUACAGCACGGACCAGAUGUUCAUCACUCUGGGAGAGCAGCACUGGGAGACCUACCACAGUGUGAAGUCGGUGCAGCAGCAGGAUGCGGGUCAGUACUGGUGUGAAGUCGAGUCCAACGGCCUGACGUUCUCCUCUGAACGCGCCUGGAUCACAGUGGAAGGUGUUCCUCACUUCGUCCAGGAGCCGCAGGACGUGGCCACGUUCCCAAACGUUCCCUUCAACCUCACCUGUGACGCGGUGGGCCCCCCCGAGCCGGUGGAGGUGUUGUGGUGGCUGGGGGGGGAGCAGGAGGGAGAGCCCAGACCCUCACCCUCUAUCCUCCAUGUACCAGGCAUGAACAACAGUGUGAAGUUUUACUGUGAAGCGAAGAACACCAGAGGAAUCUCCGUCUCCAGAACUGGAACCGUUCACAUUAAAGUGUUGCCGGCGGCGCCCUCUGGACUGCAGGUCCUCAGGAUGGAGGACAACAACGUCACGUUGGCAUGGAUACCGGGAUUCAAUGGACACUCUGAGCUGACAACCUGCGUCGUCCAGCUGUCCAGGCGCUCAGUGAGGAGGUGGGAUCUCCCCCAGCAGGAGGUCCAGGUUCCUCCUCACCUCCACGUCCUCUCGGCUCUGAGGAGCCAUCAGAACUACAGCGUGAGGCUCUCCUGUCUGAACGAGGUGGGGGCGUCGCCUUUCUGCCCCUGGGUCCACUUCCAGACCCCGGAGUCAGUGCCGUCGGCGGCCCCCAGGAACCUGACGUUCGAGCUGUCGGAGCAGCAGCUGGCUCUCAGCUGGGCGGCGCUGCAGGAGGAGCAGCUGCAGGGACGUCUGAUCGCAUACAAGCUGCAGUGGACCAGAGGAGGGGAGCCUCAGGAGCCUCUGCUGUUUCAGGAGAACUCGGCUCUGCUCUCAGGUGGAGGUCGGUUCUUCAACGCCUCCUUCCAGGUGUCGGCCUGCACCUCGGUGGGCUGCGGACCCUGGAGCCCCCCGGUGCUGGUGCUGCCCGCCUCAGUGCACGUGUUGCCCCAGCGGAGCCACAUGUGGGUGGGGCUGCUGCUCGGCCUGCUGCUGGCCACCGUCAUCGGGCUGCUGCUCACCGUGGUGGCUCACCGCCGAGAGAAAGAGACGCAGUUCGGCUCGGCCUUCAAGCCUCCGGGUCAGGAGAGCUCCGUCUCUUUCACCGCGGCUCGCUCCUUCAACAGGAACUGUGCAGAGCUGCAGGACUCCACAU